AUGGAGACAUGCUCAGUGACGCAGGCAGCCAAUGGCUCCAAGGAUGGCUCGGAUUUCAACCCCAUGAAGGAUUACAUGAUCCUGAGCAAUCAGCAACAGAUAGCUAUUGCGGUGCUGUGCACCGCCCUGGGCCUGCUAAGCGCCCUGGAGAACCUAGCUGUGCUCUACCUGAUCCUGUCUUCCCACCGGCUCCGCAGGAAGCCCUCAUAUCUAUUCAUUAGCAGCUUGGCUGGGGCCGAUCUCCUGGCCAGCGUGGUCUUUGUCUGUAAUUUUGUAAAUUUCCACGUCUUUCAUGGCAUGGAUUCCAAGGCUGUCUUUCUGCUGAAGAUUGGUAGUGUGACCAUGACUUUCACAGCCUCUGUAGGCAGCCUGUUGCUGACCGCCAUUGACCGCUACCUCUGUCUGCGCUACCCACUUGCAUACAAAGCCCUGCUCACCCGUGGGAGGGCACUGGUGACCCUGGGCACCAUGUGGGUCAUCUCAGCAUUGGUCUCCUACCUGCCCCUCAUGGGAUGGACUUGCUGUCCCAGUCCCUGCUCUGAGCUUUUCCCUCUGAUCCCCAACGACUACCUGCUGGGCUGGCUCCUGUUCAUCGCCUUCCUCUUCUCUGGCAUCAUCUACACCUAUGGGCACGUCCUCUGGAAGGCCCAUCAGCAUGUGGCCAGCCUGGCUGAGCACCAGGACAGGCAGGUGCCGGGAAUGGCCCGGAUGAGGCUGGAUAUGAGACUGGCCAGGACACUGGGGGUGGUGCUGGCUGUUCUCUUCAUAUGCUGGUUCCCGGUACUAACCCUCAUGGUCUACAGCUUGGCCACCACUCUAACUGACCAGGUCAAGAAGGUCUUUGCCUUUUGCUCCUUGCUUUGCCUUGUCAACUCCCUGGUCAACCCCAUCAUCUAUGCCCUGCGGAGUGGGGAGAUCCGCGCCUCUGCCCAGCACUGCUUGACCCGCUGGAAGAAGCACCUGAGAUGCUGUGGGCUUGAAGGAAAAGAAGAGAUCCCAAGGUCCUCAGUCACAGAGACAGAGGCUGAUGUGAAAGUCACCCAGUGGCCAGAUUCCAAGGGUCUAUCUUCUAUGAUGCCUGAUGUGGCCUCUUUCAGAGUUUUAAACAAGCCAAGUCAGAAGUCAUUUCACUCCCUGGAAGAGAAAGAGCAGCCUUAA